AUGGAUUAGAUUGAUAAUUUUAGUAUGGGGAGCAUUAAUGAGAAAGAAAUAGAAAAUAAUUUGAAAGACUUAUUGGAAAGAGUUUUACUAAAUAUAGAGAAAUUUAUUGAAACUAAAGAGGAAUUGAAUUAAGUUGAAGCUGAAUUAAAAGACUAUGAAAGUUUGUCUCAUUUGAUUGGUAUUAUUAAGGCAGUAUUUACAAAUUUAAUGAUGAAAGUAGAAAAGAAAAUAUCGUAAGUAGUUAAUUAAAAUAUUAACAAAGCAAAUUAGAAAAAUAAAUUGAUCCAAACCAUUCUAUGACUAAAAGUUUAAGAUCUGAUGAAGAAUAUGAAAAAUUAGAAUAAACUUUAAUCAAAUAUGAAAGUGAAAUUAGAAAUCAUAUUAGAGUAUUUUAUUAAUUAUAUUUUAGAUUGAAUAAUAACUUAAAUUAUAUGCUGAAUCUAUUUAAAAUAAAUUAGAUGAAAGUGAAUCAAGUAGAGCUGAACUUCUAGAAACUACUAAAAAGUUAAUUAGUGUAUUUAAUCAUUAUAAAUUAUAGAAUUUAAAAAGAGAAAAUUAAACAUAUCAUGAAAAUUAGUAGAAAUUAAAUAUAGAGAUUGCUAGUUUAAAAUAAAUAAUUAAUAAUUUAGAAAAAGAAAAUAGGAGAAAAUCUUUAGACUUGAGUUAAAGAGAUUAUUUAAAAACAUAAUCUAAGAAAAAUCAAUAACCAAUUAUACAAUAAUUAUAAUUGUAAAGUAGAUUAUUUUUAAUAUUAUUAAGAUCAAAGAAAUUAAAAAUCUUAUUCUGAACAUAAAUUAAAUUCAUAAAUUAAUCAUACUUCUAAUACUAUUGAAACCACUGAAAUACCAAUCAAAUCAUAAUAAUCAUUAAAAUAAAAUUAUUACAACAUUAUUAAUUAUGGACAUUAAGCUAAUAAAGUAGAUGUUUUAAAAGUUAUUUAACAAAAAGAUUUAAAUAAAAUUUAUGGUUAAAAAUUAAAAAGCAAAAAUAAUUCACUCUCUACUAUUCAAGAUCUAAUCCAAAGUGUUUCAGUACAAGAUAGAAAAAAAGGAAUUAUUAGCUAACCUGUUUCAAAAAAUAGCUCUUAAAAUAAUAGUUAAAUCUAAAAAUAUAAAGGUAUAAUAUAUUUAAUAAAUAUAGAAACAUGUGAUUAAAGUAGAAGUAAAAGUUCUAGAAGAGCAAAUAUAGGAACUAAACAAAUUUAAAUAGAAUCUCAGAUAAAAUUAACUAGCUGA